CGUUGGGGCGUUGGAGCGUUGGAGCGGCAGGUCUGUGGCAACGGAAGCCACGGCAAGGAAGAGAGGCAGCCAGGAUGGCGACACCGAGCAGGAAAAGGUCCACCCCAAGUCCCCUGGCCCCGAAGAGAGCUUCCCCGAGAGAUCCCUCGUCGGAAGUCCCGAACAUGAAAAGGAGUUUGGCCCCACCGGCCGCGCCGCCGCCACUGCCGCUGCAGUCGUCCGGGCCUUUCGUGGAAGGCUCUAUCGUCCGCAUCGCGAUGGAGAACUUCCUAACAUAUGAUAUCUGUGAAGUAUCUCCUGGGCCCCACUUGAAUAUGAUUAUUGGAGCUAAUGGAACAGGGAAGUCCAGCAUCGUGUGUGCCAUUUGCCUUGGAUUAGCAGGCAAACCUGCUUUCAUGGGACGGGCAGAUAAGGUUGGCUUUUUUGUGAAGAGAGGAUGUUCCAAAGGCAUGGUUGAAAUUGAAUUGUUCAGGACUUCUGGAAAUCUUGUAAUCACUCGUGAGAUUGAUGUGGCAAAAAAUCAGUCCUUUUGGUUCAUCAACAAAAAAUCUACAACUCAGAAAGUAGUAGAAGAGCAGGUUGCAGCCUUAAAUAUUCAAGUGGGCAAUCUUUGCCAGUUUCUACCUCAGGAUAAAGUUGGAGAAUUUGCUAAACUCAGUAAAAUUGAACUCCUUGAAGCUACUGAGAAGUCAAUUGGUCCUCCAGAAAUGCACAAAUACCACUGUGAACUCAAAAACUUCAGGGAGAAAGAAAAACAACUAGAGACCUCAUGCAAAGAGAAAACUGAAUAUCUAGAGAAGAUGAUUCAGAGGAAUGAAAGAUAUAAACAAGAUGUGGAGAGGUUCUAUGAACGUAAGCGACAUUUAGAUUUGAUUGAGAUGCUUGAAGCAAAAAGGCCAUGGGUGGAAUACGAAAAUGUUCGUCAGGAAUAUGAAGAAGUAAAACUAGCUCGGGACCGAGCGAAGGAUGAGGUCAGAAAACUUAAAGAAGGGCAGAUUCCUAUAACACAACGCAUUGAAGAAAUUGAAAGGCAGCGUCACAAUUUGGAGGCUCGAAUCAAAGAGAAGGCAACAGAUAUUAAGGAGACAUCUCAAAAGUGCAAACAAAAGCAAGAUGUUAUAGAAAGGAAAGAUAAACAUAUUGAGGAGCUUCAGCAAGCUUUAACAGUAAAACAAAAUGAAGAACAUGAUCGACAGAGGAGAAUAAGUAAUACCUGCAAAAUGAUAGAAGAUUUGCAAAAUGAACUGAAGACCACAGAAAACUGUGAGAACCUUCAACCCCAAAUUGAUGCCAUUACAAAUGAUCUGAGACGAGUUCAAGAUGAAAAGGCAUUAUGUGAAGGCGAGAUAAUUGAUAAGCGUAGAGAGAGGGAAACUCUAGAGAGGGAGAAGAAGAGUGUGGAUGAUCAUAUUGUGCGUUUUGACAACCUUAUGAAUCAAAAGGAAGAUAAGCUGAGACAGAGAUACCGUGAUACAUAUGAUGCUGUUUUAUGGCUGAGAAAUAACAGAGACAAAUUUAAGCAAAGAGUCUGUGAACCCAUAAUGCUCACGAUCAAUAUGAAAGAUAACAAAAAUGCCAAAUAUAUUGAAAAUCAUAUUCCAUCAAAUGACUUGAGAGCCUUUGUGUUUGAAAGUCAAGAAGAUAUGGAGGUUUUCCUCAAAGAGGUUCGUGACCAUAAAAAAUUAAGAGUGAAUGCUGUUAUUGCUCCUAAGAGUUCAUAUGCAGACAAAGCACCUUCAAGACCAUUGAAUGAACUCAAACAAUACGGAUUUUUCUCUUAUUUGCGAGAGUUAUUUGAUGCACCUGAUCCUGUCAUGAGUUACCUUUGCUUCCAGUAUCACAUUCAUGAAGUUCCUGUAGGAACUGAAAGAACCAGAGAAAGAAUUGAACGGGUAAUACAAGAAACCCGAUUAAAACAAAUUUAUACAGCAGAAGAAAAGUUUGUGGUGAAAACUUCUUUUUAUUCAAACCAAGUUAUUUCUAGUAAUACAUCCCUAAAAGUAGCCCAGUUUCUCACAGUCACUGUGGAUCUAGAGCAAAGACGACACUUAGAAGAACAGCUAAAGGAAAUUAAUAGAAAAUUGCAAGCAGUAGAAUCAGGGUUAAUUGCCUUACGUGAGACAAACAAACAUCUAGAACACAAAGAUAAUGAACUUAGACAAAAGAAGAAGGAGCUUCUUGAAAGGAAAACCAAGAAGAGACAACUGGAACAAAAAAUUAAUUCCAAACUAGGAAGUUUAAAGCUGAUGGAACAGGAUACUUGCAACCUUGAAGAGGAAGAACGAAAAACAGGCACCAAAAUCAAAGAAAUAAAUGUUCAAAAAGCCAAACUUGUUACUGAAUUAACAAACCUGAUAAAGAUUUGUACUUCUUUGCAUAUACAAAAAGUAGAUUUAAUUCUUCAAAAUACUACAGUGAUCUCCGAGAAGAACAAAUUAGAAUCAGAUUAUAUGGCUGCUGCAUCACAGCUACGUCUCACAGAGCAACAUUUCAUCGAGUUGGAUGAAAGUAGACAGAGAUUAUUGCAGAAAUGCAGGGAACUUAUGAAGAGAGCCAGGCAAGUAUGUAACCUGGGUGCAGAGCAGACCAUUUCUCAAGAAUAUCAGACACAAGUACCCACCAUUCCAAAUGGACACAACUCCUCACCCCCCAUGGCUUUCCAAGAUCUUCCAAACACCUUGGAUGAAAUUGAUGCUUUAUUAACUGAAGAAAGAUCAAGAGCUUCUUGCUUCACAGGACUGAGUCCUACCGUUGUUGAGGAGUACACAAAAAGAGAAGAAGAAAUAGAGCAAUUAACUGAGGAACUAAAGAUAAAGAAAGUUGAACUGGAUAAAUAUAGGGAAAACAUUUCACAGGUAAAGGAAAGGUGGCUGAAUCCUUUAAAAGAGCUGGUAGAAAAAAUUAAUGAAAAAUUUAGCAAUUUUUUUAGUUCCAUGCAGUGUGCUGGUGAAAUUGAUCUCCAUACAGAAAAUGAGGAAGACUAUGAUAAAUAUGGAAUUCGAAUUAGAGUCAAAUUUCGCAGUAGCACUCAACUACAUGAAUUAACUCCUCAUCAUCAAAGUGGAGGUGAAAGAAGUGUUUCUACCAUGUUAUACUUGAUGGCACUUCAGGAGCUUAAUAGAUGUCCAUUCAGAGUAGUUGAUGAAAUCAAUCAGGGAAUGGACCCAAUCAAUGAACGGAGAGUGUUUGAAAUGGUUGUAAAUACUGCUUGUAAAGAAAACACAUCUCAGUAUUUCUUUAUUACACCAAAGCUCCUGCAAAAUCUUCCUUAUAAUGAAAAGAUGACGGUGUUAUUUGUCUACAAUGGUCCUCAUAUGCUAGAACCAAACAGAUGGAAUUUAAAGGCUUUCCAAAGGAGGCGGCGCCGUAUUACAUUCACUCAACCUUCUCAAUAAAAGUAAAGGGCAAGAACUUUGGGACUUUUCUGUUAAAUCCGGUAUAUAAGUGUGGCUCAACUGCAUAAAAGUUAGGAGAUUCAUUAAGACUAAAAGAUCAGUUAUUUUUGGAAACCCGCUAUUAGAUACAAAUGGGUCGAUGAAAAGAGACCAUUAUAACUUCUUUUUGUGGAUCAUCAUCUGGUAGUAAAAAUUAAGUCUUCUUGAGUCUUUAGCAUUCUGGCCAUAAGUCAUUGGGGUCCCCAUUGUCUUCUUGAGUUCUUAGCCCUCUGACCAUAAGUCAUUGGGUCCCCAUUUUUAAAAGUAUUUGCUACUCAAAUCAAAGGUACAGUGGAAGGGCUUAUCAAUUACAAGAAGUUUAGUUGACACGGUAACCCUGAGCUUUACUUGCAAAGUAAUUUUAACUACUUUUAGAGUCUAAAGAUGACUCUACAGCUUAAGUCACAGUUUCUCCCAGUGUUAUAUUUAAUUUUUAAAAUCUGAUAUGGAAAUGCCUAAUGUAUAGUAAUAAUUUAUGGCAAAUCUAUUCAUUUCUUCCUAUUAAAAAGAUACCUUAUCUCCACUAGGAAAUGGAAUUUUGUGAGCCUUUAAAAAAAUUUUAUGAGGGCUUCCCUGGUGGCCCAGUGGUUGAGAGUCCGCCUGCCGAUGCAGGGGACACGGGUUCGUGCCCCGGUCCAAAAAGAUCCCACAUGCCGCAGAGCGGCUAGGCCCGUGAGCCAUGGCGGCUGAGCCUGCGCGUCCAGAGAAACUUGAUACUAUAACUAUAUUGGUAUCUCAAAAGAGGGAAAAAUAUUGGGGUUCAAAAAUGGUAGCAGGGCUUCUUUGAAAUGCCUCAAGGUGGCCACUAGAUGAUGCAAAAAAUGCAACCAAAAGAUUGACAGAGAAUAAAAUCCAGUGCUGAGGGUUUUUAGAGAAUAACCCUGUAAAAUGUGGGUGAGGUUUUUUGGGUUUUGGUGGUUUUUUCCUUUUUUUAAUUUAAAGUCAAUUGUAUUUUACAUCUUAAAUUUCUAAAGCAUUUUCAUAAUUAUUUUUAGUAAGAUUUUUCUUAAGAUUUCAUAUACUGGUUUCUACAAUUUAUAUUUGAAAUUUCUCAGUGUUAUGUAAAGAGUGAGGAAAAGCAUUGAUUUGUUUAAAACCAUAAUGUUUUUAGAAUCUAAGCUUAUAUAGGUCCUAAAACUUAGUGUUGAUCCUACCCCAUUAUCUUAGAAAAUCUAGUUUAAACUGUUCUUUCAAUGUGAAAGAAUUAGAUGAGAAAAUCAUUGGUUUAUCUUUGCGUUAUACUAAUUAACAGUGCCAAACAAAACAAAUUCUGUUCUUUUAAAUAUUGUAAAAUAACGGACUAGAUCAAGGACAUAUCUUUGAACAAUGGACUGGAUCUGUGCCGGUAAUAACAGAAUUAUUUUUUUGACUUGGCAGCUUGACUAAAUUGAAGAAUUGCAGUCAAUUUGGGUUUUGUAUGUUCUUAAAUAGCCACUGAAAUUUAUAUUCUUGUUAGGUCAAAAAAUAAACCUCUUACCUGGACAUUUUCUCUUUAAAAAGCUAUUUUUUUCUUCGUAAAAAUUUUAAAAGAGCCUUCCCCUCUUAAACUAAGUCUAAUGCAUAUACUAUGAAAAUAUUUUAAAAUAACAUUUUUACUAGUGCAAACAACUCAUGUAAACCUUGAUAACCUUGGUAACAUAUUAGUAAAUGGAUGUUACCAAAUGUUUUUGUUGUUUAAUACUUUGUUUUCCACCAAAGUAUCUUUACUAAUAUGUGCUUGGUGUAGUUUGUUUAUUGUCUGAGUUAGUGCCAGUCAUCUUAUUUCUGCAAAAUGAUUAUCAAUGUGAAAAAGAAGUUUAAAGAUUAGGUGUGUUUGAAAAUAAAAUGGUCAACUACCUUUCAGUUUACAUAUGCCAAUAAUUAUUCCAUACCUUGUUUAUAAGCAUUUCUCUUUCUAGUGGACAAAUACUUGGUUUUACAUUGAAUGCUGAGCUGUGAAGAAUAGUAAGUCUAGCACAUUAGUCUCAGCCACUUGAAGCUUCACAUAUUUUCUGUAAAAGUUGAUUUUAAUUACAUACAAAUUGUAAAAACUUCAAAUAACAGUCUGAUUUGAUGAAUAAAAAAUAUUUAAAACCCUAAGGUGCAAGCACGUAUUUUUAAUGACAAAUCUUCAUUGAUUUGCCUAAGGAGAGAAAUUAAAAGGUUUUUAGCAUUAAGUAAAAGGAAAGAUUUCUUGCUGCUUUAGAAUUGUUUUUUGGACAUGUGCUUAUUUUCUUUGGAGUAUGAAUCUUAGUGGGUAAAAAAAAAUGUAAUUUGAGGGAAUUCCCUGGUGGUCCAGUGGACUCCACGCUUCCACUGCCGAGGGCCCGGGUUCAAUCCCUGGUCGGGGAAGUAAGAUCCUGCAAGCUGUGCAGUGCAGUGAAAAAAAAAAAAAAGUGUAAUUUUGUCCUGCUAUUGUGUGUGUGUGUGUGUGUGUGUGUGUGUGUGUAAUUGGAAAAAAACUCUUUGUGGGAAAUGCUACU